CAGGGAGGGACCUCCGAGGAAGCGAAACUGAAACUUUGCGCCCCAGGCUGCGGGGCGGGCCGCGCCUUCACCCCGGUCCCGGCCCAGCUGCGUCCCGGAGUCCCGGCGCCAGACCGACGCGGACAGCCAUGGCCUGCAGCCUCCCGCCGCCGUCCCCGCUCCUCGUGCGGGUGUCCGAGCCCGGCCCCCGGCUACACAGGAAGCUGGAAAGCUACUUCCAGAGCCCGCGGCUCUCGGGCGGCGGAGAGUGCACCGUCCGGCCCCUCGGCCUCGGCGCCCCGAACACCUUCCGGGUGGAAUUCAGAGAAAGAGCAGCUAAGGAGGGAGUGUUGAAAAAAGAAGAGCACCAAAUUUUUGUUGACGAAAAACCCGUGACCAUUUUUUUGCUGGAACCCACUGAAAACCCAGUAGAGAAGAAAACGAGACCCAGAAUUUCUUCAUUGACAAAGUCACAAACAGGAGCACAGUCUGAUGAGAAGCAUCCAAAUGAAGGACAUGUUCCUGACGAUGUGGAUUCCUGUGUCCAAAAGAUCUUUCUUACUGUAACAGCUGACCUGAACUGUAACCUGUUCUCCAAAGAGCAGAGGGCACACAUAACUACUCUGUGCCCCAACGUCAAAAAAAUGGAGGGUCACAAUGGGAUUGAGAUGGUGUGUGGUGACUUCAAAGAUAUUGAAAAAAUACAUUGCUUCUUGAGUGAGCAGCUCCUGGAAAAUGAGCAGAGGCGUGAAUCUUUUCCUCCAACAACAGAGAGGAAUCCACUUAGUCUGCAGGACCAGAACGGCUACAUUUCUCCUUCCAAACCAAAAACCAGGCCAGAAGAGGAAAACAACCAUUUUGAAGUCCCCUUGCCUUUCUUUGAAUACUUCAAACAUACCUGUCCUGAUAAAAUAGACUCAAUAGAGAAAAGAUUUGAUAUAAAUAUCAAAAUCCAAACGAGUUCUCUACAUACAGUCAGUUUAGACUUCAUCGCAAAUCAGUCAGGUGACAUAGAAGCAGCUGGUGAGUAUUUUGUCAGUGAAUUUCAGAAGAACACAGAACCUCUGAAGCAAGAAUGUGUCCUUUUACCAGACAGUAAGCAGACAAAUAAAAUCAAAAAGGAAUUGAAUCGCCAAUUUACAAAGCUCCUUAUAAAGGAGAAAGGAAGAGAAUUGAUUCUCCUUGGGACCCAAGAUGACAUUUCAGCUGCCAAGCAAAAAAUCUCUGAAAGUCUUGUCAAGGCACCUGUGAAAAUAUUGGCUUCUAGUCACAUGAUGAAUGGAAUUGAUAUUGACACUGCUUGCUAUAAGCUUUUAGAAGCUGAAUUACUCCAGGAAGCAUCAGAGAUAGACAAAAAGUACGACACUCGCAGUAACGUUUUGGAGAAAAAUCAGAAAACCCACAUUCUGUUCAAACCUAAGGACAAGCAUGUAGAUCUGUCUGUGCAUGCUUGUGCAUGUUUCAUUGAUGCCUUUCAACAUUUCUCAUGUCAGCUGACGAGAGAAGUUCUUUUACUGAAAACUUUGCACAAGGAGAAAAAGCACUUCCAUGGGACCAAGUUUGCCGAUGACUUUAGAAAAAAGCAUCCAAAUAUACACUUUGUGGUAAAUAAAGAGUCAAUGACUUUGACUGGUUUGCCAAAUCACCUUGCAGAGGCAAAACAGUAUAUCUUAAAAAGAGCGGGACUGUCUCUGCUGGCUGGAGAGAAAUCGAAUGAGGAUCCUGAAACACCCGUGGACAUUGAUGGUAAUGAUUCAAAAGUGGCUUCCCCUCCAUUCAAGGGCUCUGCCAGUUCGGAGAACUCAGAAGUGGACAAGAAUGAAAAGGUCAUCUGUGUCAUCUGUAUGGACACCAUUAGUAAUAAACAAGUUUUACCAAAAUGCAAGCACGAAUUCUGUAGCCCUUGUAUCAACAUAGCCAUGUCGUACAAGCCAAUCUGUCCUGUGUGUCAGACUUCCUACGGUCCCCAAAAAGGGAAUCAGCCAGAUGGAACCAUGAAUUACAGUUUUUCAAGAACCUCACUUCCAGGUUAUGAAUCCUGUGGCUCCAUUGUGAUUACAUAUUUUAUGAGAGGAGGCAUACAAACGGAAGAGCACCCAAACCCAGGAAAGAGUUAUCCUGGAACUCAUCGAACUGCAUACUUGCCUGAUAAUGACGAAGGAAAAGAGAUUUUGGGACUUCUUCGUAAGGCCUUUAACCAAAGGCUGAUUUUCACAGUGGGGGAAUCUCGAGCAUUAGGAAUCUCAGAUGUCAUUACAUGGAAUGAUAUCCACCACAAAACAUCCCAAUAUGGAGGACCAGAAAAAUAUGGCUACCCUGAUCCUGAUUACCUGAAACGUGUCAAAGGGGAGCUGAAAGCUAAAGGAAUUGAGUAAGAAAACUGCUGGAAGGAUAUCUCAACCCAAGCUUUCAAAAGAUGUAUUUUAGGAGGCUGAGUUAAUGCUAAUCCUUAUGUAGAAACACCUUUUAAAUUUUUUCAUCUCAAGAAGUAGUUUGUAUACAAGUAAGAACUGGCUGGCCUCAUUUCUGGAGUAAUACUUUUUUAUGGAAGACAAAAACCCCAAAGAUCUGUGUGCGGAGGUGUGCAAGGAUUUUGCUGCAGAGGUGUCAUGUCUCAUUCUUGUGUCAUCGUUGGAGUUAGGGGUGGGUCUGAAGUCAUCUGUGUUUUUCAGUUGGACCACCAGUUGCCAAUUGAUCUUUUCAGUGCCAUCUCUGGAGUGGUCCUUUAGUUUUUUGUUUGUUUAUUUUUCCCUUUAAUUCCUACCUGUGAAAGUGAAAUACUAGCAUAAAUAUAUAUU